GACGCAGGAAAGACUGGGACCGAUAUUCUGACUGAAGGCCAACCUGGCUGGAUGAAGGAACUUUUAAAAAAGACUUCAAAAGAGGUAAGAGUACAUUGAACGGAAGGCGCAACCACCCUCACGGCAAAUUGGUCAGUCAUACUCUGCUGGCGGAUAGGCUUAGGUGAGAGCUUCUAUCCCAUGACACGGCGUCAUAGCUUGAUGAAUUCUUUUUUAUCAAUUUUUUUUCAAAUAGUAUCAAUUUUAAAGAAGCUGGCAUAACUCAGGCGCCUAUUCGCAGAAUAAUAGUAAUUAUACCAAACGUUUAUUACCUGAUUGGCUGUCAGUAGCCCUGAUUUCGUAGCCUGUUCCAAGCUCCGAGACAGUCGGGUCCCACGUUUCAACGCACGUCCACCAGAAGUGGACUUUUUGCAAUAUUUGGGGCGUGAUUUUGACCAAAUUUUCGGGCAAAACGUCUCUAUGCGAGAAAAGACACAUAGGGAAACAAAUUUGGAAGCGUCAUGUUAUAUUCGAAAGAAAAAACUCUCUUCCGGUUGGCAUGCGUCGCUCAAAAACAUCUUUGCUUAAACUCCCUUCGCGAACACGAAAAUAUAUCGGGAGGAAACUGGGGAGAGGAAGCGCCAGUACACACGGUUAUAUUUUCGCGUUAUCCCUACUAUCUGAGAGCCUGGAAAAGGCUACUGAUUUUGCACCCUUCAUCUCUCGCCUCUAAUAUAUAUCUUUUAACGAUUUUUAUUCUCUUUAGAGAUGACGUUCAAAUGGAAAAAAAAACGAGCUGAGAAAUGUCAUAUUUUUUGUAGGCUACAAGAAGUCUCUUGUCUUUCUUUCAUAGCACGUAAAGCGCAACGCCAAAAGUAAACAGCCACGAGUGUUACUGAAGCAACGCAGCUCUUACUUCUUGUGUCUCAAAGCGCCCAUAACACGCAGCUCACUUUGGAAAAAACGAAUAAAUGACUACUUGCAUUUUAUUGUCUCUAUUUGAGUACCUUUGUAUUUUCUUUCCAGUUAAAAUCUAAAUCGAAUGAAAAGAAGCAGGUUUCAGCAAAAGAAGGAGAACAAAUUUCAGAAGGCGACAUUGAAAUUCACUUGGAAGAUGCAAGUAAGGUGCAAGGUGUAUCUCAGACUAGUUUAACCGACAUCAUUAUUCACUAAAUGAAAUUUAAAUAAUAACAGUAAAAAGUCAGUUGGAGCCGUCUAAGUAGGUAUAAACCAAUAUUAGCGUAAUAGGAUAUUAAAAAAGAAUUACUAAGUUUUUGUAUUGGAACUGCGGGAUGAAGAAAUACAUGUAUAGAAGAUUAUCGAAGUGAAGAACGUAAGAGCUGUGAAAAGAUUUUAAACACCUUCCUGUUUUUUUUUUUCUUCCAUCCUUCCGUCGAGUGGGAGGCUCGCUUCGCUUGCCCAAAUAGGAGAGCUUGCUCGCAGGCUAAGGGGAUCUUUAGACUCUACUCGGGUAGGAUUCACAAAGAAAUCGUUAAAAGGUUAUGCUACCUAGGUACGUCAAGUCAGGAACUCAAGUCGUUUGAAAGCUACCUUACAGUCCGCAUACAGCUAACACGGGUCGGCACCUCACUAUCGGAUCAGCCCUCAAUGUUAAGUACAUAAUUUAUUCGAUUAAUGGCGCUUAAUAAAUUUUUGCCGCUUAAGGGUCACCAUUCUCAGCAAAUGUAGUAGUAUAUUUUGCAACAAAACGCCCUGCAAUACAAUAUAUACUUGAAGAAAAGUCUACUUAUUAUAUGCUUAUUGAUCUCCCAAACGCAGUCCAGUUUAGCAGCGUGGAAUCUUAUGUGGAUGAUACGAAGAUUUUUCUGUCCUUCUCGUCUAAGGAUGUUGACCUCUCUCUGGAGAGAAACUCUGAAGACCUCCGCCAUGCUGCCAAGUAGUGCUGCUCAAACCAACUGCUGAUUAAUCCUAGCGAAACCAAACUCAUUGUGUUUCGAGCCAGACAGCUUUUGACGCAAGUCAGGAAAACUUGUGACAUGAGUGUACCCGUUCUUUGGACAAGCGCUCGUUCCUGUUUCGUCUGUCAAGUAUUUAAGAAUUGUACUGAACUCUCAUUGAACUUUUAAUGAACAUUUUACCUGCAUAACGUCUUCUCGCUUGUCUACCUUGUGUCAGAUAAGUUGGGUUAGGUAUCUGUUCUCUAGACCUGUUCUGAUCCUAAACUCGCUUGUACUUACUAAGUUAUUCUGUUAUACGUUUCUGGGCUGGUACCAUCAAGCAAAACCUACAAAAGUUACAACUGAUGUAAAACUUUGCCGCUCGUCUUGUGACUAACACUAAGAAGCUCGAUGAUGUUACAGUGGCCCUCAGUCAAGAGUCACCUGGAAGUACGGGAUGUCUGCGCUUUAGUAUUAUAUUAUACACAUAAUUACAGCACAAGGCAUAAAGAUCAGUUACAAUUUCCUUUGUAAAUUAUCUCAGAAUAGCCCCCCCCCCCCCUUCGCGAGAGAUAAUGAAGUUAUUGUAUUGUAAAAUCGGCUAACCUCAAUUAAGCUGUGUUCUUCCCUUUUGUGUGUGAUUCCUGAGCCAGUUUCUUCUUUCAUAUAUAUCAUAUGGAGAACAGACUAGUUUCAACAAAACCCAUACAAUGGCCCUGGAAAGAAGAAAUUCACAUCACCGUGAGGUUACUCGAUUUGCAUUAAAUUUCCUUCACAUUCGCGGGCUACAGAAAUAAUCGUUUCCUUUAUACAAAUCCUUAUAUUUUGAAGGUUAUGCUGGCAACAUUACGGUAAUCUUUCGACCUUGGAUCACCUGUGCCUUAAAAAGUCAAAACCACAUGUUUUGGCAACGCACAUACCCAUAACACUUCUAACGAGAAAGUGACCACGAAAACUGAAACGGUCAUAUGAUUGUGUUAUUCAUCCUUUCGCUGAAUAAAAUUGUUGUUUUCCAGUUUUUCUCCUUCACUUGUUAGGCCCUGUUUAAACGCUUCGGAAAAAUAUUUGAACGGACAAAAAAUGCACGAAUUCGACUUUCGGUUACUCGGGACCCGCGGAACCGUGCAAGUUAUCGAACGGUAAACAAAACUGCAACCCGUAACAUAAUUUGCACGGGUAAAAAAAUUCGUCCGUUAAAAAGUUUGUCCGAACCUUUGUAAACGGUGUCGCCAUUACAACGGCCGCUACUUAUGCUUUGAUUUUAAUUUCAGUCCCAUACGACGCUAUCAGCACACUGCAAACUGCUUUUGGAGAAUUGGGAACACAAGCAACGGACGCUAUGAAUGGUCUAACUGAACUAAAGGGACAGUGGAAUGAGAUCUCGUUCGGUGAUAGAGCGGUUAUGACGCAGACUCUACAGGCCGCUGCAUCAAAUAUUCAUAAGUUUUUAAAUGCGGGAAGUGAUCCAAUUGGCGCAGUACAGGGAGCACUCAACAUGGUGGCACAGUUUGCAGCUCUUGCCGGUCCCACUGGCCAAAUUGCUGCCGUCGCCUUAAGCUUCGUCUCCGGGUAUCUGAGUCUUUUUGGAGUGGGAGGACAGGAAAAGAAAUCUAUCGGAGAAAUUGUACGUGAAGAAAUAGAUGAGGCAUUGGCACAAUUCUAUGAGAGCGAUCUUAGUAAUAAGGCUGAAGGCAUUACCAGUACAUUCCAAGUUUCCAAGGCAUAUUUGGAUAAGCUGGCCCAGUCAGGCAAAAAGCUUACCGUUUCUCAGGCGGCGUCACUUGAGAGGAAUGUGCCACUGUAUCUUGGCCUCCCCUUCAUGGGAAAAUUGGCAAGUGAAAUUAACGGUCUCCUGAAGGUCAACAAAAUAAGCGAUGCCAAAAAGACAUUGAAAUACAUUGAGCUGUAUACAAAAAUGGCGAUUCUUAAAGACAUGAUCAUGCAGGAAGCGGCGACUUUGUUACCUAUCGACCUAGAACCCAACCGACAAGCCUUGUUAGCUGCUCAGGAAUCUAUGCGCGAUCAGCAAAAGCAUCUGAUAAGAUUCCUUCGCCAAGGUAAAAUUGGCAAGAUGGCACUAAAUUACUUCGACCCUGACGUGAGCCCAUUCACAGAUUCCUAUUUGACAAAGGUGCUGAAAGUACCCGAUUAUGAUCGUUCCAUGGCUGGAAGAUGGUGUCUGACGCCACACAUUUCUGGUCAAAAGCUGAACCCAAUCACGUGGACGACAGACGAGAACAGCUUAAUGAAGGACGGUCACCCCCACAUUACAACUGCGAUUGAAAACUGCCACUGGAAACUUAUCCCCCAUGGUAACAAUCUCUACACAGUGCAGAACAUGUACAAGUGUCCUAAGUAUGGCUACUGUGAAAAGUACCUGUCGUUUGAUAUAUUAUCUGGCGAGGACAGCCGAUUGACAUUAAAGACAUACGCAGAUCUUUGGGAAAUCUGUGGUGUUCGCCAAAAGAGUUAG